AUGUUUUUCCCUGAAUAGGAGUACAAGACGAGUACAAAAGUAUGAGAGUCCAUUCUAUAUUAGAGUGAAGAUGAACUGAAGAAACUGACUUUGGAGGAGGAUUUGAGUGAAUGCCAGAGGUCGUAUCAGAUAUUGACAAAGGGGCAAUAAUUGCAAAAGAAGGCAGUAACACCUAUGGUUUAUAUUUAGAUAUAUUAAAACUUGCACAGAAUUUUAAAAGAACCAAAUGCAUUCUAGAUUUUAUUCAAAGUCAUAGUGUAUGAUAUAUUCUAUAUUUAAGAGAGGAAAUUCAGCAACAAGAGGAGGACAAUCAAAUAAUUGCAGCCAAGUCACUUCAUAAACUGAUUAAGGAGAACGCACUUUAAAUAACAGAGUUACUACAAAUUUAUGAUUUGACUGCUCAGAUUCUAAAAAUUUGGUCAUUGCCAGUUUUGAAUGAAUGGAUUCACACUAUGGAUGCAUUGCUUAGAGUUAUCAGUCUCAACAUCGUUCUUAAUCCAGCAUAAUAAUUGAUACUACUGCUGACUGAUGCUUCAUAGCCGGCAAUUUCUCGUUAAAGUGCAGCGAAACUCAUAGGCACAUUGGCAUAAGUAAUUUGGUUAAUGAAGAUUAGCUUUUAGGAAAUGAAAUCAAAGGGCCGUUGUUGGAUAGAGCUAGAAAUUUGUGUUCAGAUCAUGAUAAGGAAGUAAGAUUGGUGAUGGCUGAAGAUGUGAUAGUGAAAGUGUGUUAACAAUUAUCUAGUGAUUUGAUUGAGUGUUAUUUGCUUGAAAAGAUCAUGGAACUGUAUUAUGAUACAGAUAUCAUUGUAAAGAGUUCAGGCAUGAGAUUAUUCUUCAGCAUUGCCAAUUUAUUAUCAGUUGAUGAAAUCAAAAACAGAUGCACUAAGCUAUUCAUUGAUCAAAUGCAAAGUUUAAAUGAGGAUAGUAAAGUUGUCAUGUCUAAGAUGUGUGGUAGAGUUUAUAUGUUGGUAAUCAAUUUUGUACAAAUUUAGGUUAAAGAUUAUUUAAAUCUAAAUUAAACAUCUCUAUUUCUCAACAUCUAUGUUUCAUACGCCAAGAGUAAGAACUUGGAUGUGAGAAUCAAUUUUAUUUCCAAUUUCCCAGCCAUACUGUCAUUGAGUCUCAAAAAGUUUGAAUUCUUUUAGGAGUAAUAUAUGUUGUGUUGCAAUGAUACCAAUGAAUCUCUUCAGAGGUCUAUCUUAAGUAGUCUCCAUGAGGUUGUACUUCUAAGUGAGAAUACAGACAUUUUAGUUCAAGUUUUCAUUAACUUUAUGAAAUCGAAAUGUGUGUCAGUCAUACAAUUGUUAAUAGUGAGAUUUACUUAAAUUGUCAAUUCGUUUCAAAAACAAGUAGUUUGUUCAUCUUAUGCGUAGUCAGUAACAACCACUAUUUGGUCAACCUGCCCUUGAAUUACUUAAUAGUCUUAUUGCGAAGAAUCAAUGGGAUCUGCAAAUAGAUUUACUAUCGAAAUUCUCGGAAUGCCAACAAAUAUUUCCUGAUCUCACUACGUUUCUAAAUACUAUGAUCGCAACAAUAAGUAAGGGAAUUCCAAAAACCAAAUAAUUGUGUUGUCUCAACAUUGCAAAGUACUUAAGCAACUUAGGGGAUCUAAGGAAGAGAAAGGAUUGGAUCAUCUAGCUAUUUGAACUUUACUUUAAAUCAGAUAGUCACUUCAAUAGAAUCACCUUCAUUGAUAUAGUCCAAGAAUUCACUUAAUUCAUCUCUAGAAAACUAUUCAAACAAUAUUAAUUCUACGACAUACUCAUCUUCUCCAAGGACCCAAUCCUUAAUGUGAGGAUGAGAUUGAUCAAGGUAUUUUUCAAUUAGAAUCCCCUAGAUCUUGCCAAUCCUCUACAAGAAGAUAGAUUCUGAAGAUGCACUCACUUUGAAUAUGUUCAAUGAUGCUGUCCAAGACUGUAUCCUCAGUGGAUCUCGUUCUUUCCAGUACAUGAUCCAACAGACUAAGGAAGAACUACUCAAGCCAAGUGAUGAAAACGAGUUGAAUCAGAAGGAUCAGGAGAUGCUUGAAAAGGAGGAGCAGGUCUUUAAGAAUGAUUAAAAACAGCGAUAAUUGCUAUUGGAUUAAGAGCGAGAUGAUUUGGAAAUCAAUAAGAUAGAUUUAAAUGAUUACUUGAACAAAUACAAAAAGAAGUACCCUCUUUCCAAAAUAAAAAUCACCAAUUCAACUUUGCACAGUCAAACCAUGUUGAUCAAGAAACCUCAAUUGUAAAAUAAUGCCACUUAAGCAUUCCUGGUAAAGAAGUCAGUUGACUUUGAUUCCAAUAAGAGUCCUCUCUUGGAUGCUGCUUCCUCUUUGAAAAAGCCUGUACUCAAAUCCAAAACCCCUACGACUAAGAGUAUUUGUGAUAUUAAGAAGUAAUUUAAACUUCCUAGUAUCAAGAAAUGA